UGCAGGGAGCAGCGUUCCUGAUUGGCUGAGAGUGUACUUUGGGCUGUACUUUGAACAAUUUGACAUUUCCUUGUAAUGAUAGUAAGGAGAAGGACGGGGACCUGCUAAAAACUAUUUUCUAACCGUCUCACAAAAAAGGAAGAUGGCUGAGCUUCGUGGUGAUGGUGACAUGCAGAGUGGUGGGGACUCAGUGGAUGCCUUUAAACUUUUUGAAAAGAGGCCGAAUGCAGGCAGCAGUAAGACUGCUGAGGAAGUGGACUCUGUCCCCAGCAGCAGUGGCAGUAGAGCAGCAGCAGGCUCUGACCCUUACCGCUACAAGAUGGACUACCCCUGCAUCGGAACCUGUCUGAUCAUCAACAAUAAGAACUUCCACAGUAGCACAAGGAUGAGUGCUCGGAAUGGGACGGAUAUCGAUGCUUCCACUGCUAUGAAGGUCUUCUCUACUCUGGGCUAUAAGAUGAGAGUUGCCAAUGAUCUGACCGUGGACAAGAUGAAACAACUGAUGUUCAGUGUAUCCCAGGAGGACCACGGGAGCAGUGCAUCAUUUGUAUGUGUGCUGCUAAGUCACGGGGAUGAGGGGGUGAUAUAUGGCACCGACGGCUUUGAAAAGUUAGAAAACCUGACAAAGUACUUUAAAGGAGGUCGCUGUAGGAGUCUGGUGGGGAAACCGAAGCUUUUCUUCAUACAGGCGUGCCGUGGUUCAGACCUGGAUGACGGAGCCUUCAUCGAGACUGACAGUGUAGAAGAGCAAACAUCAGAGAGGAUUCCUGUAGAGGCAGAUUUCCUGUAUGCUUAUUCCACUGCUCCAGGCUACUACUCAUGGAGAAACACAUUCAACGGUUCCUGGUUCAUGCAGGCGGUGUGUGAGAUGUUGCAGCGUUACAGCGGAAAGCUGGAGCUGAUGCAGAUCAUGACCCGAGUCAACCACAAGGUGGCGUCACAUUUUGAGUCUUCCUCCAACCUGCCUGGCUUUAGUGGCAAGAAGCAGAUCCCCUGCAUCGUCUCAAUGCUGACCAAAGACCUCUACUUUCCUGUCUAGAUUAAGGUAGACUUCACCGACAGGAAACUACACACCUGUGGGACAGUGACUGCUGGUAUUACCAAUUUUACCAUUUCGCCUGAUUUCUACUCUCCAGAGUCCUGUGGUGCAUUGCAUAAAGACGUACUUUAUUAAAUUACAUUUUUUUGUUUUGUUAUUUUUUCAUUACAUACACACAUAGGCUCGAAAUACACACACAUGCAUAUGCCUUGUUCAAGGGCACCUCUCCAGUCCACGCUCCAUACCAGAGUACCGGUCUGUGCUGGACUUGAACUGGCCCUCCUCUGCAUUAGCUUUAUUGUGACUACGUGGAGAACCCAGAUGCACUGUCAGCCUAAGAACUGUCAGGAUGAACGGGAAGCGGUCAGUGAGGUUUACGUAGAGCCUGAAGUGUUUUUUUAAUGAUGUUUUUAGUGUUGGGUCUUUUAGGAAAGCCUAAAGCAGUUUAAGUUCUAUUAUGAUCUAUAUGAUGCCUUUUCAAUAAGCCUAUUUCAGUGAUUACACACUUGAACAUUAGCAGAAGUGAUGAACUGUGGACUAAUUUUACUACAUAAACACGUGUGUAUGUUGGCGGUGGAGAGGAGGCUCACGUCCUAUCUGUUCGGCAGCACCUAGAAGUUGCUCGACGUCCUCUCGGAUCCAUAUUCUUCAUAUACGUUUACAACCUACCUAUAAUAUUGUCGUCCUGAGUGUCAGUUCUGUAAUUAUCUUACUGUGUUGGUUAUGUAGGGUGUCGCAUGCUGUACAGAUUGUAAAGCCCCUUGAGGGAAAUUUGUGAUUUGGGAUAUUAGGCUUUAUAAAUAAAAUUGACUUGACUACC